ACGCACCAGCGCACCUUGAACUCCGUGCAGGAGCAGAGGUUGAGGCUGCUCUCCUCCUGCAGACCCAGGCCGGUGUAUGAAGCAUGUCGGGCCUCCCUCGGUUCCUCCGUCCGUCCCGCCUGUGGAGCGUCGGUCCGGCCUUCGGGACCGACGCUCUGCGCCUCGGUUCGGCGCACCGGGACCCGGACAGAGGCGGCUCCAGGCGGUACAGCAGCGGCAGGACGGUCCGGAUCGGCUGCGCCUCCGGGUUCUGGGGGGACACGGCCACGUCGGCUCCUCAGCUGAUCCACGGCGGCAGGCUGGACUUCCUGGUGUUUGACUACCUCAGCGAGAUCACCAUGUCUCUGCUCACCGCCGCCAGGACCAAGACGCCCAACCUGGGUUACGCUCCGGACUUUGUCCAGGUGGCUCUGGCUCCCUUCAUCAACGACAUCCACAGGAAAGGUAUCCGUGUCGUCAGCAACGCCGGGGGCGUGAACCCGCUGGCCUGCGCAGAGGCCAUCCAGGAAGUGGUCAGAAAGGCGGGGCUGGACUCCAAGGUUGCCGUGGUGACCGGGGAUGACCUCAUGCCCUACAGGAGCCUCCUGUCUGACGUGAAGAUGGCCGACGGCGGCAGGCGGCCGCUGCCUGAAACGCUGCACAGCAUGAACGCCUACCUGGGGGCCGAGCCGAUCCGCCGCUGCCUGGACCUGGGGGCCGACAUCGUGGUGACGGGACGCUGCGUGGACAGCGCCGUGGCCCUGGGGCCCCUCAUGCACACGUUUGGAUGGAAGAGAGACGAUUAUGACCUGCUUGCAGCAGGAAGCCUGGCGGGUCAUCUGAUUGAGUGCGGCGCUCAGAGUACUGGUGGGAUCUUCACCGACUGGCACCAGGUUCCCGACUGGGACAACAUCGGCUUCCCGGUGGUUGAAUGUUCCUCCGACGGCUCCUUCGUCCUCUCCAAGCCUCCGGGCACCGGCGGCCUGGUGUCCUUCGGAACCGUCGCCGAGCAGCUGGUGUAUGAGAUCGACGACCCGCGGAGAUACCUGCUGCCUGACGUCAUCUGUGAUUUCAGCCAGGUGGCCAUGCAGGAACUACCGGGUGUAGAAGGAGGCGCGGUCAGAGUCACCGGGGCCAAGGGCUCCGCCCCGUCUCACGACUAUAAGGUUUGCGCCACCUACCUGGACGGCUUCAGAGCCACGGCGGUGUGUCCUGUGGGGGGGCCCAGGGCGGCAGAGAAGGCCCGGCGCACCGCAGACAGCAUCAUCAAACGGACCAGAAGGAUGUUUAAGCAGUUGGGACUCAAGGAUUUCGACUCGGUCAACAUCCAGGUUCUUGGAGCCGAAGACACAUACGGCCCAAACGCUCGAUGUAAGGACUCCAGGGAGGCCGUGAUCUGGAUGGCCGUGCGCCACAGACAGAGGAAGGCUCUGGAGAUCUUCUCCAGGGAGGUGGCCCCCGCAGGCACCGGCAUGGCUCCAGGCCUCACCGGCAUCGUGGGCGGACGGCCCAGAGUGUCUCCGGUCCUGAGACCCUUUUUCUUCCUGUACCCCAAAUCGCAGCUGAAGGUGGACGUCAGCGUCGCCGGGGAGCUGGUGGAGUCCCUGGAGGAGGCGGAGCCGGACGCACCUGAACAGAAACAGGAGGAGGCUCCUCCCCCCUGUGACCAGGACCUGCCUGACACAGGUGAACCGAGGCGUCCUCUUCUUCUUUGUCCCUCAGACCUGCCCAGCGGACCACACACCUACAGGCUGGAGGAGCUGGCCUACACACGCAGCGGCGACAAGGGAGACUCCGCCAACAUCGGCGUCGUGGCUCGCCAUCCUCUCUACUUUCCCUACCUGAAGAAACACCUGACUUCUUCUGUGGUGGAGGACUACUUCUCUCACCUGAUGGAGCCUGGAGCGCCCGACGCCGUCACACGAUACACGCUGCCGGGGAUCCACGGCCUCAACUUUGUCCUGAGGAGUUCCCUGGGAGGGGGAGGGGUGGCCUCGCUGCGCAGCGACCCCCAGGGUAAAGCCUACGGACAGAUGCUGCUGGACCUGAAACUGAAGGGGCUGCCGGACCUAAAGUCACUGGUGGACUGAACGUCACUGGUGGACUGAACGUCACUGAGACCCUCUGAGAGACAAAUUAAGAAGACAUGAAUAAUUUUACCUCAUAAGGAAACCAAAACCAAACGGUUCUUCAGAUCACAUCCACUGACUAAAACACAUCCAGCCCCCAAAGUCAUAAAAAAUAGAUUUUUUUCAUCUUUAUAAAAUUUGGCAGUUUUACAAAACUUCAUACACAUUUGAAACUCAAAUAAAAGUUUACAAAACUACUGAAGUGGGAAGUUAGGAUGACAUUGGAGGUUCAUUUUUCAUCUUGGAAACGGUAAUUUCACAAAUUAUUUCUGUAUUUUAAGCAAAUGUCAAUUUAAACUAUAUGCCAAGUUUAUAUCCUUUAAGGCCCAUUUGGACAAUUAAAGCCUAAAUUCACUAAGUUUUCCCAGUUGCUUAUUGUCGUAACGGAAUAAGCGUGUAAACGACAGAUUUAAAAGAAAUUUACUACUCACUGAUUGAAAGCGUUGCAAAAAUUAUGCAGCUUCCAAAAAAACUAAAGCAUCCAAAUUCAAGCACAAAAUGUGUUUCACUCAUUUUAUUACGACACAACUACGAUUCUUUUCCUGUAAAGAGAAUUGCAAACGUUAUCAAAAGUGUUUUGUUUUGGUGGGGAGAAAAUCAUGCUGUCAUCAGCAUAAGUGAUAAUUCACUAAUCAGCAGGGAGGAUCAGUUGCUUUGAUUCAUGGCUUACACAAGAAAACUCACUCACUCACAAAUCAAAUAUAUCUUGGUAGGUGUGGAUAGUAGCGUGUAUAUUUAAUUUACAAAUGAAGUUUAGAUUUACACAUUUAUGUAAUGAUUUAGUCUGUUGUGGCAAUUUGAAAGUUUUGUUCUGUCCAAACAGUGGAUAAAGUUUUUUAUGUAUAUUUGACACCCAGAAUCUCAUAAUUUACUUUAUCUUUGUGUGCAAAAACAGCUCAAUAGUGUCAUUGAUUGUUUCUGGUUUUACUCACCCUGAUAAUUGGGAAUGCUAGCUGUGCUAAUUAACAGGUUCAACAUUUUGCCAACCUGUACCUAUUUAAUUAUACAUUAGCUAGCAUCACAUAACCUUUGUAUGCCAACUGGAAAAUGCAGAAACCUUAAAAAAAGCAAGAGGUUGGACAGAAAGUAGAUGGUGUAACAAAGCUUCCUUCCAACGACAGUUAAGAAAUAUCUACAAAGUUAAUUUUGACUUGAAUUGAAUAGUAGUUUUAUAACAGUUUAAAACAUGGACAUUUCAGAUGCCGGUAAGAAAAACGUUGGUAUGUGGAAAUUCAAAAAGAAGCCAUUUUCUCAGGGUUUACUUCAAACCACUAUUUGUACUUCAAAGCAGCCAGUAGACAUAAACAUUUCUUACACAGGUCUGUUUAAAGGAUGUUUCUGCUGUUAAAUUUGUUGUUGGUUCAGAUUGUUUUCUUAGCUGAACCAUUCAACGUCCAAAAAUUUAUAUUGAACCAAGAUUUUUGCUCUUUAAAGUGGUGAACACCACUCUUUGUAGUAUUUGCUUUUUUAAGCUGGAGACUUAUUGUCUCUCAUUGACAAAGAACCAAGCAAAGCAGCAAAGGUUCAUCUCUAUCUUCCUACCCUUAAGGUUUGGAUUUAGCUACCUUCUUGGGUCUGUUUUCCCUACUUGUUGUGCCUCGAGGGGGGGGCUGACCUCUGACCAGAGGACUGGAGAGUUUUGGUUAAGGUUUCUCCACAAGAUGCUCCAGUCAGAUAUCAGAGGUGGCGCUCACUCAGCGGCAUCACAUCUGACAGGCGCGACGGUGUCUCGUUCACCUCGACGCGACCCGGCUCUGAUGUCCAACGCCCCGAAGGAAUGCGCGUCUCUUUCCACCAGGCAGACUCCGCUGCUUUGAGUCUGUGUAGUCAUAAUUGCAACCAGACUGAAGCUGGGAGUCGGAGUCACUCCGCAGUUUGAAAUGCCCUCCGCCUCUGAAUCAUCUCUCUCCUUCCCAAAACUGCCUCAGCCGCUGAUUCUCCAACUUUUCCUCCGUUUUAAAGGAACGUCUUCGGCUACUGUUCCCUUUACCUUUGGCCGAAAGUGUCCAAGAACCAGAAAAUGUGAGACGUACACAAGCUUUUCUGUAAAACACACAGAAAAGAAGCAACAUUUAAGAGUCUGCCCAAAAACAAUAAAUAAACAGCGACCCUGUAAACACGCUAUCAAAGGCUUUGGCUGACAGUACAACCAUAAGAAAUAUCUACAAGUCAAUUUUUUCCAGACGACACUUCAAAGCGGGGCUGUAAAUCAGGACUCGCACGGGGAAAGUCCAGAUCCGUCUGCCUUUGUUUGAGAGUUGAAGGACAUGCGGAGUUGGGUGUCACAAUAAAAUCUUUAAACGCUUGUUCUCGUAAAACCCAAACCAAAAGCAUGAGCCACAAACUUCACCGCUUUGCAUACGAAAGAGCUUAAUGAGUAAAACGAGGCCUGGAUUCACAUCUGUGCCACGGUUUCCUUCCCAGGAAACAACAAGGCGUUCCAAAAGAACUGCUGCUUCGUUAUUUACACUCAUUGCUUUGUCAUAAGAAAGUUUCCCAAGAACCAGUGUCUGGGUCAGAUCUUUGUAAUCAUCACAGUCAAUCAUCAGUGACCUACUUCUCAUCCAGCCACUUGUUUAACAUCCCAGGAUUUCUUACAGAUCUGGAACACCUCAAGGCACUUCUUUCAAAAUUGGCCCAAACUUUCUGAAAACUGAAAACAUUUAUAUGUAUAAGUUAGCAAUAAAAAAAAGUCACUGUAGCCAUGCAAAACCAUAAUUCAGUCAUUUAUAAGUCCAUGUUUUAACUCCACAGGAGAAUACAAAGUGGAUGAGUUACAAUUAGAACCACUGAUUUCUCUGUUCUUUAAAAUUAUUCCCGAUUUUACUGUAAACCAAUCAAUUUUCUGACAGAAAAACAAAGGUCCGAAAACUGAGCCCUGCGGGACGCCACAAACCUGAUUUACAUUUACCAGAUUUAAGAGCUGCAGACUAAAAUAGAACCUGAGCAAUACUAAAAUAGUCGACAGCUUGUAAACUUAUAAGCACAAAUUUUCUUAAUGUUUUUAAUGUUUAGGACAUUUUUCAACAGUUCUAUUGAUACAGGUUUCAUUUCCCAUCUGUGUGUUAAUUAAAAAGAGCUCAACCUUGAAUGUACAAAGUGCUUUUAUUUCUGAGCUAAUGCUGUUAAAGCAAAAAAUAAGAAUAUUUUAUUCAAAAAAUAAAACAGUACAGUUUUAGUACUGCAAAAAAAAUUAUUUUAUGAUGUAUGUGCCAAAUUUGAUAAUAAUCCAUGCAGUUACCAAUGCAUCACUGGAAAUCGGCCUUUUAAUGGUGUUCACCGUUUGACUCUGUCAGGAAGUGCUAUUAACAGAAUAAUAUGUAGAGAAAAUGACUGUGUGGUACGUUUAAAACAGGUUUGUUGUACAAUUUAUCCUGCAAAAUGUGUUCUUCUUCAUUGUUUCUAACCUUUAGCUCAGUCGGCUGCACAAAUUCGGAUCAUGUUAUAUUUUACUGUUAAAAAUCCUCCGAUGUAACUUUCAAGAUUUGCGCAGCAAUUUGUCAUUUUCGAGAAGAAAGGACUGUCCAAGAACACAGCCCUGUGGAUCACCAGAGAUGUUUUUUUUAUUAUUUUUAACAAUGUUUAUUUCAACUAGACAACAAAUUCUUCCUUUCUUCUAUAUGAAUGCAAUAGGUGCUAACGCUUUAGCCACUUUAUUCAGCUGAAAACCUGUUUCAGACUGAACUCAACAUGAGGCCUUAUAGUAAAACCCCAGGUGUAUUUUUUAUCAGGACACAUAUUCUUUGUUUGUUCAAAACCUGUGUUUAACUUGAAUAUUUAGUAUUUUCAAAUCAUAGUUUAACGUCUUGCAGUUAAAAGAUUAUUUCAUGAUUAAAACGUAAGUUAUUAGAAGCAUUUUAAGAAAAAAAUGGAUUUACACUGUAGGGUUUUUUGCUUCUAUUUCUUAAUCAAUUUAGACGUUUUUCACAACUUUUGAUGGUUUAAAUGGCUUUAAAGCAAAAUGUGUGAAACUGAUUUUGUAGAUACUAAAAGUGAUUAAAGAUGUUUUUAUUACUAAAGCUCA